AUGUCGUGCCUCACAAAUUAUGCAACGCCCCCCUUGGGCCAGUUGAGGUAUCCUGUAUGACUAAAACAUUUCAGUAAUCGUGUGUGACCACAAAUUAUCCAUUAUAUUGACCAGAUACUCAAGUUGCCUCUCUAACAAUUAAAAUAAAUGUCUUCAAAAAUGGAAGGCAGUUAGCCUUUGUAGCAGUCUCUUUAGCUAAUCCUCUCCCUGUACUCCAUGUGAUGUGCCAAAGAGACUGUCCAUUCUUGCCAUCUUCAAAUAUGAACAUUCUAUCAUUAAUGUGCUCGAGGAGAACAUAGGCUUUGAUCCUGAUUCUAUCACCCUCACAACUAUCCUCCAAUCACAAUAAUUAUGCAAAUAUUGGAACUUUAUCACUUCUUUCUCCACAGAAUACGUUGGUAUACGGUUGCUAAGCAACAAUUUUUUUGUUUGUUUGUCCAGUCUGUCAAAAGUUGAUGGCUCAAGUCUAAAUUCUUGAAGUAAAUACAUCCUGCAAUUCCAACCACAAAAUGUCUUAGUUUUGAUUUUGAGCCUCAAAAUACAACUUGCCUAGUUAACAGCUAAGUGUUUGUUUUUGACUUUGUUAAAAAUUCCAAUUCAAUUUUCAAGUCUCCACAUGUUGUCAUUGAACAUAUUAAUGUUAUUUCCAACAACCAAAUAUUAAUGUUAUUUCCAACAAAUCCAGUGCAUAUUAAACGUUGAGAUUUCCGAAAGGCCAGUCUCUGGCAGUGAUGAGGAGUGGCAAGGACUGGAAUGUUAGCUUAAGAGACUGGUACUCAGACUAGUAGGCAGUCGGGAGGAGGCAUUCUAGCCAAUGAGGGGGCAGAUAUGUGUGUGAACAACAGGCACAACUGUGAUAUAAAGUAUUUUUUUCUAAAAGUUGCCAGGAUGUGAUGUCUACUUAUCAGUACACUCGUAACAACCUAAGCACUACGAAACUUAUAUUCGAUCAAGUAAGCCACACGUAGCAAAUAAGCCAUUCAAUGUUUUGUUAGCCAAAUUCGACACACUCUCAUUGACCUCCAUACAAAAAUUCCUCGCUUGGUGAGUGACAAAACUAAAAAAUGCUACCUGCUGGAUAACACAUAGUUAUCCCUCUCUAUCUUCGCCUCUUCCUCUCUGGUGUGACACACAUUUCAGUUAAUUACUAUAGCUUGCGCCUUGGGCCAAUCAGUGUAUAUUUGUAAAUGCCGGAUCUAUAUGGCAAGAUGCAUCAUUCAUCAAGUUUCAUGACAAUCAGGACAGUGCUGUUUGAGAUAUCGCGUGUGACUAACGUAUGAAUGGAUGGACGGAUGUACGGAGACCUAUCCACAGUCCACAAUAUUAAAUCCAAGUCCUCCACCCCUCCCUCCCUAAUGCCUAAGCCUCUCACAGCUUGUGACAAGUGGGUUUCUAAACAAAGUUAGAGGUUGCGUGAAAUCUUAGUCUUCAAAAGGCUGCUCUUAAAUUAGCUCUUGUUUUAAGUCCAGUCCUCAAGGAACACAAUAACUAGCCUCUGGUGUCAGGAGUGUAUUAGUUGACUUGAAUACGUUAAAAUGUUUUGAGGGAUGUCUUUGUCCUAUUUGUUAGGUAAAUUAUCUCAAAAUCCAGCUCAUUUGCUGAUUGAUGGUCCUACUCAUGUUAAAUCAUGUAGGCCUGGAACCACAAACUAUUGUCCUAUAAAGCAUAAAAUCAUAUAUGCCUACUUUUUGAAGCCAUUUUCCUUUUUUGAGUAUGGUGAGGGAUAUGUCACCAAUGGUGUAGUUCUAAAACUAACCUAGAUUACUCACUUGUCUCCUUCCUUCCUCUGUCUCCUCUCUCCUUCCCCAGUCUUCGGUGGUACCAGCACCCUACGGAAGAUGAGUUGAGGAGCCUUGCUGGAAAACAACAAAAAACAAAGAGCAAGAAGGACCGGUAAGGAGGCAGGCUGAGGAGGGUGGUGGGUGGGGACGGCAGUGGCACAUAGGGGAGCGAGUGGUGUGUCUUUGAUCAGGCAGGAAUUAAAAGAGGAGAGGCAGAUGUUUGAGAAGGGUGGAGAACACAGGCGCGUCAACAGAGAGAUGAAGCGGCAGUGUUUAGGAGGCUUGUUUAAGGCCUGUUUGAAGUGCGUGGACUAGAGUAUUUGUUUUUUUUGCACGUGAGUAAAGCUAGCCUUUGCUAAUUACAAUGAGCUCUGACUAUCUUGUGGUAGUGAGUUAAAGGGAUACUUCAGGAUUUUGGUAAUGAGGCCCUUUAUCUACUUCCCCAGUCCAAUGAACUCGUGGAUACCAUUUUUAUGUCUCUGUUAGGGCUGACCCCAUUUAGUCGACUGGUUGAUUGUUUGGUCAAUAAGCUGUUGGUCGACCGAGACUGCUUUAGUCCAGCAGGAGCAAAACAAUAAUAAUCAUGGUGUACACGACGCCUGUCUGAUUCAUGCCUGUCUGAGUGGACUGAUCCAUUGUGGAGGCCGUGGGGAUGGCACAGUCCAUCAGUCUAAGACAUUUGCUACUGAAAUUGUAUAUGGUAAUAUUAUGUAAGAACAAUGGUGCAAAUAAUAUUUUAUAGCAAACGCGCUUUCUCCCGCUUUGGAUAGUGGUCGCUGUCUGUGGUUCUGAAACACAUCAGUGCGCUGUUGAAUUGGAGCCUUUUCCUAGACCAUGUUGCUAUGUGCAUAAUAGCAAAGUUAACCAGCAUAUUGGCGUUGAGAACAAUGCGGCGGAGGCAGCAGCGGAGUUAGGAGACGAGAAAACAGCCCUUGCCUUAAUUGUCUAAGAAAAGUGAGGAGAGAGGAAACCCCAACUUAAUUAGGUCUAUAAUCAAUAGCCUAACUGUUAAAUGUGCAUGAGUGCAAAGGGUGGCUACUUUGAAGAAUUUCAAUUAUAAAACAUUAUUUUGAUUUGUUAAACACGUUUUUGGUUACUACAUCAUUACAAAUGUGUUAUUUCAUACUUUUGAUGUCUUCACUAUUAUUCUACAAAUAGUAAAAAUAAAGAAAAACCCUGGAAUGAGUAGGUGUGUCCGAACUUUUGACUGGCUAUCUUUUAUUUGUUCAUGUCGUCACACAGCAUUGGAGUCAUUCAUGAUUUGAAAUGCAAUCGAGCAUUUUAGUUUUAAAAUAAAAUAAGGGACCAUUGAAUAAUUAGUGUUAACAAUAAAUUGGCCUAAACCGUUCCAUUUAGGAAAUUCAAUUUCUUGAAUGAAUGCGACUAUUUUUUGUCUUUGUUGUCAUAAAGGCUUUACAAAGAAAAACAUUAAAGCAGACGCUCUGGAAUGCUUAUCAUUUAUUUAGUGUUGUUUACAUUGUUCCAAACGGUCAGAAAAAUUAUAUUGUAAUCUAACAGCACCUGCUUGGCACACAUAAUAUGCACGCAGCGCUUGCUCCUUACCUUAUUUUUCUUGAUCUCCAGUAUUUUCCACAACUAGUCAAAUGUAUUCCAUCACAUCGGACUUCCCCUUUACCUCCUGAGCAACCAGUAAACAUUCCCCAUUUCGAGUUUAUUUGUCACGUCCUCUGCAUCCAUUUUGCUGUCACAUGUGUUAAGGUGUUCAGAGUUUGUUAUAACCAAUUUAUUGAUGUGAUUAUGAUAUGCUAUAGGUCAGGCCCUAUUGGUCACGUUCAUGUGAUGCAUUAAUGUGUCACGUAAAGAGAGCAAUUGUUUAGGGAAUAGGGAAUGUUUUUCCUAUACAAAUUAGGGAUUUCGGUAACAUAACUUUUCAGUCAGAAAUGGCUGUACUUAUGUUGCCGCUUCUGCAACACAGACAGCGCGAUACACACUGUUGAUGUUCUGUGGUGGUCGCUGCAGGAGGGAGGAGAGAGAGACAAUGGGUGCUAGUCACAGUCACUCACUGUUUUUUCUAACACAGCGCAGCAAGUCUGAGCCAGGCACAGCACAAUCAAAUCAAUUGCGUCGUACUCCCUCUAGUCAUUUGUGUGUCUUAAUUAUUUCAUCAAACAGUUCGCUUAAAGCAGGGGUGUCAAACGUCCGGCCCGCGGGCCGGAUCAGGCCCGCAAACGGGUUUAAUCCGGCCCGCGAGAUGAUUUAGAAAAAAAAAAAAAAAGGAAACUUUUUUUUUUGUAAAGUAUAAAAAUGCGCUGCAAUUUUUCAAUAAAAUAAACUGCUGUUCCAAUUGCGUCCACUGGAAAGCGCAAUAGCAAUUGUGUUAAGCAAGCAAACUGUUUAUACCGGGGCAGAGCAAGUAGGUCAAGCACGUGCAGCCAAUGAGCUACUUUGUUUUGCCCGCAAUAUUUAUUACGGCUUCUACUUUUAACAUUAUGUGCUUUGGCACCCUCAUUGCCCCAAUAUGUCUCUGUCAAAAAAGAGAAAAGUGGACGCAGAGUGCAGAGUGUUCCAAGAAAAAUGGUCAUCCUAUUUAUUCACGGAAUUUAAUGGGAAAGCUGUAUGUUUGGUGUGUUCAGAGCAUGUUGCAGUGCUGAAAGAAUAUAACCUUUGUCGCCACUAUGUGAGUCUUCAUGCCGACAAAUAUGACAACUUUCAAGGACAGCGGAGAUGAGAGAAGGUGAAUGAACUGUUGGCGGGUCUGAAGAAACAGCAGUCUGUGUUUACUCACAGCCGAGACAUCCGUGACGCUGCAGUGAAAGCUAGCUACCUCAUUGCUAAUGAAAUCGCAGUGGCUUCAAAACCAUUUAGUGUGGGUGUUCUUUGUCCUCAGAACUUUCAAAUAACUUGAGGUGUUUUAUGAUUAAUAGUGAUGUUGUGCUUUUGGACACUGUCCUCAGGCUCCAGCUUUAUGUUUAUAUGUUUUUAUGUUGAUGUGCUAUUGUUUUUAAUUGAUUUGAUUUGAUUUGUAUAUUUAACCUAUUCUUGACUCUGUGGUUCUUGCACUUGUUUGGGGAACAGGAUUUCAUUAUUUUUAUCUACAUUUCUGCCUGAGAAAUGACACCCUGAUAUAGUUAUGUGAUCUGUGAAACAGUUCUGUUAAUCACUGAGGCAUUGUGUGUUUGUGUGUUCUUUUUCUUUAGAAUUUUCAAAUAAACUUAACGUGUUUUAUGAUUAAUAGUGAUGUUGUGCUUGUACUAGUUUGGACACACUGUCCUCAGGCUCCAGCUUUAUGUUGUAUGUUGAUCGUAUUAAAACAAAGAAAACAAUCUGAAGUUGUUGUUUUUAAGUUAUAUAUACCAUGAUUUUUCCGGUCCGGCCCACUUGGGAAUAGAUUUUCCUCCAUGUGGCCCCUGAGCUAAAAUGAGUUUGACACCCCUGGCUUAAAGCAUCAGACAAGCUCAGUGCAUAUAGUUGAUUUGAUUUAAACACAUAGAAAGUGUCUAUAUAUGGAAAAAUACAAAUCUUUGUUGGGGACAGCCCUAGUCUCUGUGUCCAGCAUGAAGGAAGUUAGAGGUAGUUUUGCGAGCCAAUGCCAACUAGUGUUGACUGGAAGUCUAUGGUUAUCUAUAGCAUGGACACAGAGGAACUUUAAAACUUGUGACUCUCUACUACAGAGGUGGAUCGGGGCAUGUUGCCUCCUCUGCUUCCUGAAGUCAACAAUCAACUCAGUAGUGUAUGAACAGCAGUUUUUUCAGACUCCAACAAAACAAGGUGUAUCCCCACAUGUCAGGGGUCAUGACGAUGCUAUGACGAGUUCUGAAGGUAGGCCUGCCAUGUAAUGUCUUUAGUACAUAAUCUGUAUGGCCGUCAGUGGUAAAAUGGAAGUUGGAAGUGGAAGUUCCAAGAUGGCGUAGCAGUGCGGUCGCUUUUAUUCAUUGUCCUUGUGUAAAUAUCCCGUUUCUUGUUUUUUUUGUCUAUUUUGUAUAUAUUUCUCAAUUUUUACUUUUCAUUCUUUAACUAAAUAUACUUUCCUGCAACCCGCCUCACCCAACAUGGAAAGGAUUCUACUAUUUCUUUAUAACUUUCAUCAAGCUGAAAAUAUAGUGUAGCUGCAACUGAAUGGCUACCUGUUAUUAGUCACCGUUAGCGUCUUCACCACUGUCCGUGGCCUACACUAUCCACCAGCCAGCUCUAGCUCUAGCCUGGACAAUUCGUCGGCCAGUCUGCACAGCGUGCUAUCGACCCAGCGUGCUAUCGACCCAGAACUUAUUGGACUUUCUGCCGGAAUCACUGGACCCUAGCGCCGGAUCAUCGCAACCAGCUAGCUAGCUGCAACCUGUUGUUGGCUGGUUACCAUUGCCCUAUAGCAAGCACCAGUUAGCCUUGAGCUAGCCUCAGGCCCAUCUCCCGGCUAUCUACCUCUCUGUCAACCGGACGGGACCUCCUAGUGUUGACACUGAGCCCCGCCGAUCCAACACGACUGGUCUGCCGACUAAAUAUUCUGAUGUGGUUUCAACAGGCUUCCCGUUGCGACGACCACGAAGAUCCAUCUGCCAGCCCCGGCCCGCUAGCACACGCAAACUACAACUGUGCUCCCUGCUAGCUGUGCUGAAGCACCAAUUUGAACUGCUCUCGGACUCACAUAUUGCUGUUCACUGGACCUUAUGAUCACUCAGCUGCACAGCUGAUGCCUGCUGGACUGUUCCUUUACACGGUACCCUGUCCAGUUUAUUCUGUUUAGCCUUAGCCCAAACGUUAUCGCUAUUUCCAGUUGUUGUCUUAGCUCUCUCUAAUAAGACCUGUGACUGCUUUAUGCCUCUCUCCCAUGUCAAUUAUGCCUUGCCUAUUGCUGUUUGGGUUAGUUCUUAUUAUACAAUUUCACUGUAGAACCCCUAGUCCCUCUCAAACUGCCUCAAAUAGUUCCUUUGUUCCACCCCCCAUACACGCCGAGACCGGCUCAAUCGGCUCAAUCGGUGCCUCCAGUGACGCUAUCUCUUUCAUUGUUACCCAACGCUUAGGGUUACCUGAACUGUACUCAUAUCCUUCCAUAUCCUUUUCUGUACAUAAUGCCCUGAAUCUUUCCUACAACGCCCGGAGAACUGCCCCCUUUAUUCUAUGUACCCAACGCACUAGAAGACCAGUUCUUAAAGCCUUUAGUCGUAUCCUUAUUCUAGUCCUCCUCUGUUCCUCUGGUGAUGUAGAGGCUAACCCAGGCCCUGCAGCCCCCAGUAUCACUCCUACUCCCCAGGAGCUAUCAUUUGUUGACUUCUGUAACCGUAAAAGUCUUGGUUUUCUGCACGUAAAUAUCAGAAGCCUCCUUCCUAAGUUUGAGUUAUUCACUGCGUUAGCACACUCCGCCAACCCUGAUGUUCUAGCAGUGUCUGAAUCCUGGCUUAGGAAGGCCACCAAAAAUUCUGAAAUUUCCAUCCCCAACUAUAACAUUUUCCGUCUAGAUAGAACUGCCAAAGGGGGUGGAGUUGCAAUCUACUGUAGAGAUAGCCUGCAGAGCUCUAUCAUACUAUCCAGGUCUGUGCCCAAACAGUUUGAGCUUCUACUUCUAAAAAUCCACCUUUCCAGAAAUAAAUCUCUCACUGUUGCCGCUUGCUACAGACCCCCCUCAGCCCCCAGCUGUGCCCUGGACACCAUAUGUGAAUUGAUUGCCCCCCAUCUAUCCUCAGAGUUCGUACUGCUUGGUGACCUAAAUUGGGAUAUGCUUAACACCCCGGCCAUCCUACAAUCUAAACUAGAUGCCCUCAAUCUCACACAAAUUAUCAACGAACCUACCAGGUACAACCCUAAAUCCGUAAACAUGGGUACCCUCAUAGAUAUCAUCCUGACUAACUUACCCUCUAAAUACACCUCCGCUGUCUUCAACCAGGAUCUCAGCGAUCACUGCCUUAUUGCCUGCGUCCGUAACGGGUCCGCGGUCAAACGACCACCCCUCAUCACUGUCAAACGCUCCCAAAAACACUUCAGCGAGCAGGCCUUCCUAAUUGACCUGGCCCAGGUAUCCUGGAUGGAUAUAGAUCUCAUUCCGUCAGUAGAGGAUGCCUGGUUGUUCUUUAAAAGUAAUUUCCUCUCAAUCUUAAAUAAACAUGCCCCAUUCAAAAAAUACAUAACUAAGAACAGAUAUAGCCCCUGGUUCUCCUCAGACUUGACUGCCCUUGACCAGCACAAAAACAUCCUGUGGCGUACUGCAUUAGCAUCAAAUAGCCCCCGCGAUAUGCAACUUUUCAGGGAAGUUAGGAACCAAUAUACACAAGCAGUUAGGAAAGCAAAGGCUAACUUUUUCAAACAGAAAUUUGCAUCCUGUAGCACUAACUCCAAAAAGUUUUGGGACACUGUAAAGUCCAUGGAAAAUAAGAGCACUUCCUCCCAGCUGCCCACUGCACUGAGGCUAGGAAACACUAUCACCACCGAUAAAUCUACAAUAAUCGAGAAUUUCAACAAGCAUUUUGCUACGGCUGGCCAUGCUUUCCACCUGGCUACCAUUACCCUGGCCACCAGCUCUGCACCCUCCGCUGCAACUUGCCCAUGCCCCCCCCGCUUCUCCUUCACACAAAUCCAGACAGCUGAUGUUCUGAAAGAGCUGCAAAAUCUGGACCCCUACAAAUCAUCUGGGCUAGACAAUCUGGACCCUUUCUUUCUAAAACUAGCCGCCGAAAUUGUAGCAACCCCUAUUACUAGCCUGUUCAACCUCUCUUUCGUAACGUCUGAGAUCCCCAGAGAUUGGAAAGCUGCCGCGGUCAUCCCCCUCUUCAAAGGGGGUGACACUCUAGAUACAAACUGUUACAGACCCAUAUCCAUCCUGCCCUGCCUUUCAAAAGUUUUUGAAAGCCAAGUCAACAAACAGAUCACCGACCAUUGCGAAUCCCAUCGUACCUUCUCCGCUAUGCAAUCCGGUUUCCGAGCUGGUCAUGGGUGCACUUCAGCCACGCUCAAGGUCCUAAACGAUAUUAUAACCGCUAUCGAUAAUAGACAGUACUGUGCAGCCGUUUUCAUUGACCUGGCCAAGGCUUUCGACUCUGUCAACCACCGCAUUCUUAUUGGCAGACUAAAUAGCCUUGGUUUCUCAAAUGACUGCCUCGCCUGGUUCACCAACUACUUUUCAGAUAGAGUUCAAUGUGUCAAAUCGGAGGGCCUGUUGUCUGGACCUAUGGCAGUCUCUAUGGGGGUGCCACAGGGUUCAAUUCUUGGGCCGACUCUUUUCUCUGUGUAUAUCAAUGACGUCGCUCUUGCUGCUGGUGACUCUCAGAUCCACCUCUACGCAGACGACACCAUUUUGUAUACAUCUGGCCCUUCAUUGGACACUGUGUUAACAAACCUCAAAACGAGCUUCAAUGCCAUACAACACUCCUUCAGUAGCCUCCAACUGCUCUUAAACACUAGUAAAACUAAAUGCAUGCUCUUCAACCGAACGCUGCUUGCACCCGCCCACCCGACUAGAAUCACUACUCUCGACGGGUCUGACCUAGAGUAUGUGGACAACUACAAAUAUCUAGGUGUCUGGUUAGACUGUAAACUCUCCUUCCAGACUCACAUUAAGAAUCUCCAAUCCAAAGUUAAGUCUAGAAUCGGUUUCCUAUUUCGCAACAAAGCCUCCUUCACUCAUGCUGCCAAACAUGCCCUCGUAAAACUGACUAUCCUACCGAUCCUUGACUUCGGCGAUGUCAUUUACAAAAUAGCCUCCAACACUCUACUCAGCAAAUUGGAUGUAGCCUAUCACAGUGCCAUCCGUUUUGUCUCCAAAGCCCCAUAUAAUACCCACCACUGUGACCUGUACGCUCUUGUUGGCUGGUCCUCACUACAUAUUCGUCGCCAAACCCACUGGCUCCAGGCCAUCUAUAAAUCACUGCUAGGUAAAUCCCCGCCUUAUCUUAGCUCAUUGGUCACCAUAGCAACACCCACCCGUAGUCUGCGCUCCAGCAGGUAUAUCUCACUGGUCAUCCCCAAAGCCAACACCUCCUUUGGCCGCAAUUCCUUCCAGUUCUCUGCUGCCAAUGACUGGAACAAAUUGCAAAAAUCUCUGAAGCUGGAGACACUUAUCUCCCUCACUAACUUUAAGCAUCAGUUGUCAGAGCACCUUACCGAUCACUGCACCUGUACACAGCCCAUCUGAAAUUAGCCCGCCCAACUACCUCAUCCCUAUAUUGUUAUUUAUUUUGCUCAUUUGUACCCCAGUAUCUCUAUUUGCACAUCAUCUCUUGCACAUCUAUCAUUCCAGUGUUAAUACUAAUUGUAAUUAUUUUGCACUAUAGCCUAUUUAUUGCCUUACCUCCAUAACUUGCUACAUUUGCACACACUGUGUAUAUAUAUGUAUUUCUGUUGUAUUUUUGACUUUGUUUUGUUUUACCCCAUAUGUAACUCUGUGUUGUUGUUUUUAUCGCACUGCUUUGCUUUAUCUUGGCCAGGUCGCAGUUGUAAAUGAGAACUUGUUCUCAACUGGUUUACCUGGUUAAAUAAAGGUGAAAUAAAAAAUAAAAAAUAAAAAAAAUAUCAUAUUCCAUAUCUCCAUUCUGUGUUACUUCCUUUAGCCACACAGAAAGCAAGGUGUGGCAAUGUGAAAUGUUCUCGAACAUUUGAGAAUUGAAGUGUAUGAAGUUGAUGCUAUCUAGAUUCACGCUGGGAGCCAUGAGGUAGUCCUAGUCCAUUUCUUAGGCUUCCACGAGGCAGGUCAUAGUUCAACGCCACACGUUUGCUUAUGCUUCAAAAGACGGAUCACUGUCCUUUUGCCUGCUUGUGCCACACAUCUCCAUUCCUUUUGUUGUGAAGCCCUUUUCUCCAGUCAGGUGCCGCAGAGUUGAAAUGUGACCAGGGCAUGUUUGGCUCCACUGUCUUGCCGAGGUAUUGUCUUCUGAAUCCAGCACACACAGAGCUGAACAAACAAGGCCCACUAGAAAGGUCUGCUGGUCCCAGGAACAGCUGGGCCAAUCCCUGCUGUGUGCUGCUCUUGCAGCCUAUCCUGCAUGUCACCCCCUGUAGCCCUAUGACAAAAUAUUGGAUUUAUGAGUUACAAGGGCCGUAAUCCGCACUACAAAAGAGCUAGCAUCAGCGCUCUGUACCCCUUGGUUAGGUUGACAAUAGAGACUAGGUUAAGGAAGACUCCCUCCAUGACGCUAGCCAGUUUGAUGCUAGCAGAUGCCCAAAUGACCUUGUACCAGGGAUGGCCAUAGUUAUUUGAAAAUCCGAAUGGACAUUAGUAUUUUAAUUCUUGUGAGUAUUCGUUUUUGCGAGUAUUACAAUUAUAUAGGCCUAUUUUUAACGCUGAAAAGGCUUUUUCUAAAUUUAAAAAAAAAAUAUCCAUGAGACAUUGUUACAUACAAGGAUAUACCAUGACAUUUCUCAUUAUUAAUUUAAUAAAACAAACUUCUCAAUGUAGUUUUUAUGACAUGCACGUGAGCCCCAUAAAAAGACCGGUAGCUGACCAAUAGCCUUCAUGUGUAGUUUGUUGUUUAUGUUAGCCAAUCAAAGUGGCCAAGAGGCUCAAUGUGUAGCAAGUGGAGUGAGAGUUCACUAAUGCAAUGCAAAAUGGAAUAAAUUACUGAAUUAAAGUUUGUGAAAUUAGGAGUAGGCUACAACAAGCAACCAACAGGUAGGCUAUUGUUUUAUUUGAAUGGGGUUGGGCAGAAAGCGUAGCAUGUGACCUCAAUUAGCCUAGCAAGCUAUAGCUGGCUAGUUUAGCUAGCUAACUAGCUAGCUUCUCUAGGCUACUCCAUUCAAGACAGGCACUGUUAACGUUAUGGGAUGAUAAAUAACGUGGCUGUUACAAGUUAGCUAGUCUUGGCUGUAGCCGAGUUGCCUUGGCGUCUCUCUGCCUCUGUUUGCUCAGUGUUGCCAACUAUUUUUCAAGAAAAGUAUCUGUUGGUUGAUCCAUUUGUCGCUGGAAGUCAAUAGGGCCUAGAUGAUAUCAUGAAGUUAAUUUGCGUAUGCCAUUAAAAGUUAUUUUAAAAUGUUAUGCUUAUGCUGUUCCUCAGUCUCAUACAAUGAGAAAUUAAAUAUUGUGGUCCUCUGUAGCUCAGCUGGUAGAGCACGGCACUUGUAACGCCAAGGUAGUGGGUUCAAUCCCCGGGACCACCCAUACACACAAAAAAAAAUGUAUGCACGCAUGACUGUAAGUCGCUUUGGAUAAAAGCGUCUGCUAAAUGGCAUAUUAUUAUAUUAUUAUAAAUAUAAGCAGUGGGGAGAGUACCGAGAGAUUAGAGGUAAAGAGGCAGGGAAGGGGCGCAAGUGACGGGUGCACACACGCAGCAGCAGCCCUGUAGAGAGGGAGCAGACUGCAGAGCAGCACAGCUGAGCUCAGCCGAGCGGACACACGCACACAAACAGGACGUUUCUAAAUCAACCAAAAGUCGCUGGGGCAGCCUUAAAAAGUAGCAACAUUCGUCACUAUACUCUUUUACUAAUAAAAGUCAUUUGAGUGGUCUGAAAACUCACUAAAUCUAGCAACAAAGUCGCUAAUGCCUCGAUCACACCGACAGCUUCAUUGCGUUUUGGUACAUGCUGCAUUUCCGUUCUGUGUGGUGCAUACGUUGGAUUUAUCGAACACAUGCAGAAAUGGUAGCAGAAGGUGAAUGUUGAACUUUUGUUGCACACAUAUCCAGAUGAUGCUGCGUGCUGCAACCUGGUCUCAGAGCAUUUCGUAUUAUUCUGUAAGUAAAACGGAGAUACAUAAUUUAGUAUUCUAUGGUAUGUAUACAUUUUUCCAUCACCCAUUUUGUAUAAUAUGUUACAAAUUACAAUUCGUAUUAUAUGUUAGGAAUUUACAAAACGUACAAUGUGUUACAAAUAUGCAAACCGUAUCAUAUGUUACGAAUUCUAGGCAGGUGGCUAACGUUAGCUAGGUUAGGGUUAAGUUUAGGAGUUAGGCUGAAGGGUUAGGGGAAGGGUUAGCUAAAAGGGUUAGGGGAAGGGUUAGCUAAAGGAGGAAGGUUUGGGUUAGAGGAAGGGUUAGCUAACAUGCUAAGUAGUUGCAAAGUAGCUAAAAAGUAGUAAGUAGUUGAAACGUUGCUAAUUAGUUAAAAUGCUAAAGUUGUCAGUGAUGACAUUCGAACUCGCAACCUUUAUACGCCCACCCAUCCACCCCAACCAACCACCCUACUUUCGUUUUUACCUUAGGUAACCAUCUGUCUUAUGGAUCCAUACCAAACGUAAUAUAUCAUACUAAUUUGAGUGUCCAAAAACGUAACAUAUCAUACUAAUUUGGGUGUCCCGGAUUGACGUUUACUAUGUUAUGUCAAGUCUGACACACCACCCCAUAUAACUUCCGCAGCAGCAGCAAUAGAAUGCCAGCCUAUCCCUCAUGCAGCAGUGCUCAGGUUAAAUACAUGUAUUUCGAAUAUCUGGAUAUCCAACAACAAUUCAUGAUACUAUUCAAAUAGUGGAAUUAUUUCAAACCCCCAUCACUACCUUGUACACAGAUCAAGUUUGAUUUAGUCCAGGGUAUAAUGUAUUGUUCUUUAGGGCAGCCAGUAAAUGGACAUGAUAGCAGUAGAUUUGUAUUUAGCAGUCUUUGCUGUGCCCUUGAUUAGAGGUGGAACAAUGACCACGAAAAACAACAUGUUUCUCUCCCAUGUCUGUCUGGUAUUGAUAUGGCACUAUGUAUUUUGUCCCAGGAGGAACAAUAGCAACAUAGAGAACAAGCCUCUGACCAUUCCCAAGGACAUAGACCUGCAGCUGGAGACCAAGUGCAUCACAGAAGUGGACACGUUAGGUAUGAGGCCAUAUCUACAAACACUAUUAAAUUAUCAUCUUAUGUUUAUGACCUUUGUUUUGUCACUUAAACCUCAACAAAUCUUCAUAAUUCAGUAUUUGUGCACAUCUAGAUUUUCCCCAAAUAUCAACAUCCCAAUUGAGAACUACUGUCAUAAAUCAACCAACUAACAAACUAAUCCUCUUCCUCCUCUUCACCCUGCUCCUGCUCCUGGUCCCUGCAGCGUUGCACUACUUCCCAGAGUUCCAGUGGCUGGUGGACUUCACGGUGGCAUCCACAGUGGUGUAUCUGAUCACAGAGCUGUACUACACAGUGGCCCAGCCCUCAGGAGAGAUGAACAUCAGUGUGGUGUGGUGCCUGCUUGUCCUUGCCUUCGUCAUGUAUCCUUCAGUCAGUACAUCGUUCAAAACAUCCUUCUCUCUUUCAAUCACUCUUUUUAUAUCAAAUCCAUUUGACAUUUGUCUAGAGGAUGUUGAGGGUUCAAUUUGAUCUUACCUAGUAGCACUGCCAAGCCAAAGCAAACAGUUUUGGGUUAAAGACCUAGUAAAAUAGUUAGAUUUCAGUAGUGUACCACACACACUGAGAAUCAUCCCUUCUGUUCCCUACCUGUUGCUGGUUAACUGAAAAAAACCUGAGAGAGAGCCUUGAUUGUUUCCAGGCUCCAUUUCAGUAGUCAGGGAGCAUCAGGAGAGCAGGCAGGCAGUGGCCAUAAACUGACAGACACAGCACCAACCACUGCCUGCCACCACCUGUCUCCCUGCUACCUGUUACUUUCUUUCCACUGACGCGUCACCAAAUCAUACGUGUUAUCCUUCACCACAGUCCUUUGCCACACUCCCUGUCGGAACUGGCUGAGUGCGGUCGGAAGGCAUGUCAUUUCCUGCCUGCCUGCUGAGGAAGAUUGGAUGCCCAAUUUUCACAGCCCACCAGACUGAUUUGCCUGGGAAAAGAGGAGACUUGGAGGAGGAGGAGGAGGAGCACGGCUGGAUGGAUGAUGAAGAUGAUGAUGGGGAUGCGAUGGUCUGUGUGUUAAUGGCACACUUGAUUUCAGAUUCCCAUCUCCAGUGAACCUCUCGGCGUGGUAAAGAGCCAGAGGCUGCAGCCAGGCACCUGCUGUGUUAACCUCGAGUAAGCGCAACUCAGCCAUGGAAUGGAAUCUUAAAAUGGCUAAAUUUGAAUGGAUUUAGCAGAUAAUAUUUUUGGUGAAAGUUCCGAAAAACACCCAGGUUGCAGUGGCUCAGUAUUAGAACUCCUGAUUGUUCCUGAGCUCUGUGAUUGCACCAAACAGAAAGGGAUUUCUGUAAACGUUGAUGAUGUUGAACACCCAAACUAAUGCACAUCAAGUAGACAUCCUGUCGAGCAACAUGUUGGUUAGCCUAGACUUAUAAACACAAUCAGUGAUGGUAUAACUGGAAGCGGGCAAAAGCUGCUCUUACAGAAAUGCUGCUGCAAUAUUUGCAGCUUACUUUCUGUGGCUGCUUCCCAGGUAGUGUUUAGGGUUACGUUAGCAGCAGCCUCACUGACAGCUCUGUCAAUGGGGCUGCAUUGCUCUUUUGAGAGGCUAGCUCUAAGUUGUCAGGUACCUUUUUAAAAUGCAGCCCUUUAGUAUCCCGGUUGUGACCCCCAGAAAAAGUCCAUUGGAUUCCCCCAUUCAGAAUGGUCUGAGACAUUGGUUUGUGAAAUAAAGGCUGAUCUCCCUCUCCAUGGAGACCGAGGCCAGCUCAUAUGAGUCCUUACUUAGCCCAUUAGAAAUACCAUUCUAGGUCUGAGGAAGCCUGGGCCAUUGAACCCCAUGCUAAUGUAUGAGCUAGACUGUGUGUGUGUGCGCGUGUGUGUGCGUGUGUGUUGUGGGUCACAAUGCAGUAGUGCUUCUGAUACGUCUGGUCUAUUAUGUUAUUGAGCCACCACCAUUACUCCAGAAACAUCUCUGCACAGCCUUGGCACUCAGCAAUAUGAUUAGUAGGCUAUGUUUCAUGAGUUAUGUGUUUCUGCUGGCGUGUUUCUUAACUCCCGUGCCCCACAGUAAGACUCUGUUCUCCCUGACGGCCUUCUACUUCAAGCUGGAGGAGGGCGGCGAGCGCUCGCUCUGCAUCACCUUCGCUUUCUUCUUCUUCGUCAAAGCCAUGGCCAUCCUCAUCGUCACCGAGAACUACCUGGAGUUUGGCCUGGAGACAGGUGAGUGGGCCAUGAACCAUCUGUCAGUACGGCUAGAUAGCACGUCUUCAGUCCUGCGCCUGGAACCUAUUCAUUAGUGCAAAACGUAGCAAAAUGUUUUUAACCGAAACAAGCGUUUGUUAUUGGACAAGUUCAGUUAGUCCCUCCCCGUUUCGGCCCGUUUGCUUCCAUAUGAAUAUAACCCUUAGGACUCACAGGCUGGUCUGGCUGUUGUUCCAUCCCAGUACUAACACAUACAGUGCCUUCGGAAAGUAUUCAGUCCCCUUGACUUUUUCCACAUUUUGUUAGGUUACAGCCUUAUUCUAAAAUAGAUUAAAUAGUUUUUUAUCCUCAUCAAUCUACACACAAUACCCCAUAAUGAUGAAGCAAAAACUGAGAUAUCACAUUUACAUAAGUAUUCAGACCCUUUACUCAGUACUUUGUUGAAGCACCUUUGGCAGCGAUUACAGCCUCAAGUCUUCUUGCGUAUGACACUACAAGCUUGGCAGACCUGUAUUUGGGGAGUUUCUCCCAUUCUUCUCUGCAGAUCCUCUCAAGCUCUGUCAGGUUGGAUGGGGAGUGUUGCUGCACAGCUAUUUUCAGGUCUUUCCAGAGAUGUUUGAUCGGUUUCAAGUCCGGGUCUGGCUGGGCCACUCAAGGACAUUCAGAGACUUGUCCCGAAGCCACUCCUGUGUUGUCUUGGCUGUGUGCUUAGGGUCGUUGUCCUGUUGGAAGGUGAACCUUCACCCCAGUCUGAGGUCCUGAGCACUCUGGAGCAGGUUUUCAUCAAGGAUCUCUCUGCACUUUGCUCCAUUCAUCUUUGCCUCGAUUCUGACUAGUCUCUCAAUACCUGCCGCUGAAAAACAUCCCCACAGCAUGAUGCUGCCACCACCAUGCUUCACCGUAGGGAUGGUGCCAAAGAGUUCAAUCUUGGUUUCAUCAGACCAGAGAAUCUUAUUGCUCAUGGUCUGAGAGUCUUUAGGUACCUUUUGGCAAACUCCAAGCGGGCUGUCGUGCUUUUUCCUGAUGAGUGGCUUCCUUCUGGCCACUACCAUAAAGGCCUGAUUGGUGGAGUGCUGCAGAGAUGGUUGUCCUUCUGGAAGGUUCUCCCAUCUCCACAGAGGAACUCUAGAGCUAUGUCAGAGUGACCAUCAGGUUCUUGGUCACCUCCCUUCUCCCCCAAUUGCUCAGUUUGGCCGGGAGGCCAGCUCUAGGAAGAGUCUUGGUGGUUCCAAACGUCUUCCAUUUAAGAAUGAUGGAGGCCACUGUGUUCUUGAGGACCUUGGUACCAUUCCCUCAGGUCUGUCCCACGACAUAAUCCUGUCUCUGAGCUCUACAGACAAUUCCUUCGACCUCAUGGCUUGGUUUUUGCUCUGACAUCAAAUCAAAUGUUAUUGGCCACAUGCGCCGAAUACAACAGGUGCAGACAUUACAGUGAAAUGCUUACUUACAGCCCUUAACCAACAGUGCAUUUAUUUUUAAUAAAAAAGUAAAAUAAAACAACAACAAAAAAGUGUUGAGAAAAAAAGGGCAGAAGUAAAAUAAACAGUAGGGAGGCUAUAUAUACAGGGGGUUACCGGUGCAGAGUCAAUGUGCGGGGGCACCGGCUAGUUGAAGUAGUUGAAGUAAUAUGUACAUGUGGGUAGAGUUAAAGUGACUAUGCAUAAAUUAACAGAGUAGCAGCAGCGUAAAAAGAUGGGGUGGGGGGGCAGUGCAAAUAGUCCGGGUAGCCAUGAUUAGCUGUUCAGGAGUCUUAUGGCUUGGGGGUAGAAGCUGUUGAGAAGUCUUUUGGACCUAGACUUGGCACUCCGGUACCGCUUGCCAUGCGGUAGCAGAGAGAACAGUCUAUGACUAGGGUGGCUGGAGUCUUUGACAAUUUUGAGGGCCUUCCUCUGACACCGCCUAGUAUAGAGGUCCUGGAUGGUAGGAAGCUUGGCCCCAGUGAUGUACUGGGCCGUACGCACUACCCUCUGUAGUGCCUUGCGGUCGGAGGCCAAGCUGUUGCCAUACCAGGCGGUGAUGCAACCAGUCAGGAUGCUCUCGAUGGUAGAAUUAUUUUGAGGAUCUGAGGACCCGUGCCAAAUCUUUUCAGUCUCCUGAGGGGGAAUAGGCUUUGUCAUGCCCUCUUCACGACUGUCUUGGUGUAUUUGGACCAUGAUAGUUCGUUGGUGAUGUGGACACCAAGGAACUUGAAGCUCUCAACCUGUUCCACUACAGCCCCGUCGAUGAGAGUGGGGGCGUGCUCAGUCCUCUUUUUUUUCCUGUAGUCCACAAUCAUUUCCUUUGUCUUGGUCACGUUGAGGGAGAGGUUGUUAUCCUGGCACCACACGGCCAGGUCUCUGACCUCCUCCCUAUAGGCUGUCUCAUCGUUGUCGGUGAUCAGGCCUACCACUGUUGUGUCGUCGGCAAACUUAAUGAUGGUGUUGGAGUCGUGCCUGGCCAUGCAGUCAUGGGUGAACAGGGAGUACAGGAGGGGACUGAGCACGCACCCCUGAGGGGGCCCCCGUGUUGAGGAUCAGUGUGGCAGAUGUGUUGUUACCUACCCUUACCACCUGGGAGCUUCCCGUCAGGAAGUCCAGGAUCCAGUUGCAGAGGGAGGUGUUUAGUCCCAGGAUCCUUAGCUUAGUGAUGAGCUUUGAGGGCACUAUGGUGUUGAAUGCUGAGCUGUAGUCAAUGAAUAGCGUUCUCACGUAGGUAUUCCUCUUGUCCAGGUGGGAAAGGGCAGUGUGGAGUGCAAUAGAGAUUGCAUCAUCUGUGGAUCUGUUGGGGCGGUAUGCAAAUUGGAGUGGGUAUAGGGUUUCUUGGAUAAUGGUGUUGAUAUGAGCCAUGACCAGCCUUUCAAAGCACUUCAUGGCUACAGACGUCAGUGCUACGGGUCGGUAGUCAUUUAGGCAGGUUAUCUUAGUGUCCUAGGGCACGGGGACUAUGGUGGUCUGCUUGAAACAUGUUGGUAUUACAGACUCAGUCAGGGACAUGUUGAAAAUGUCAGUGAAGACACUUGCCAGUUGGUCAGCACAUGCUCAGAGUACACGUCCUGGUAAUCCGUCUGGCCCUGCGGCCUUGUGAAUGUUGACCUGCUUAAAAGUCUUACUCACAUCGGCUAUGGAGAGCGUGAUCACAUAGUCAUCCGGAACAGCUGGUGCUCUCAUGCAUGCUUCAGUGUUGCUUGCCUCGAAGCGAGCAUAGAAGUGGUUUAGCUCGUCUGGUAGGCUUGUGUCACUGGGAAGCUCGCGGCUGUGCUUCCCUUUGUAGUCUCUAAUAGUUUUCAAGCCCUGCCACAUCCGUCGAGCGUCAGAGCCGGUGUAGUACGAUUCAAUCUUAGUCUUGUAUUGACUCUUUGCCUGUUUGAUGGUUCGUCAGAGGGCAUAGCGGGAUUUCUUAUAAGCGUCCGGGUUAGAGUCCCGCUCCUUGAAAGCGGCAGCUCUACCCUUUAGCUCAGUGCGGAUGUUUCCUGUAAUCCAUGGCUUCUGGUUGGGGUAUAUACGUACGGUCACUGUGGGGACGACAUCAUCGAUGCACUUAUUGAUGAAGCCAGUGACUGAUGUGGUGUACUCCUUAAUGCUAUCUGAAGAAUCCCGGAACAUGUUCCAGUCUGUGCUAGCAAAACAGUCCUGUAGCUUAGCAUCUGCGUCAUCUGACCACUUUUUUAUUAACCGAAUCACUGGUGCUUCCUGCUUUAGUUUUUGCUUAUAAGCAGGAAUCAGGAGGAUAGAGUUAUGGUCAGAUUUGCCAAAUGGAGGGCGAGGGAGAGCUUUGUGUGCGUCUCUGUGUGUGGAGUAAAGGUGGUCUAGAGUUUUUUUUCCUCUGGUUGCACAUUUAACAUGCUGGUAGAAAUUAGGUAGAACGGAUUUAAGUUUCCCUGCAUUAAAGUUCCCGGCCACUAGGAGCGCUGCCUCUGGAUGAGCGUUUUCCUGUUGACUUAUGGCCUUAUACAGCUCAUUCAGUGCAAUCUUAAUGCCAGCAUUGGUUUGUGGUGGUAAAUAGACAGCUAUGAAAAAUAUAGAUGAAAACUCUCUUGGUAAAUAGUGUGGUCUACAGCUUAUCAUAAGAUACUCUACCUCAGGCGAGCAAAACCUUGAGACUUCCUUAGUAUUUGAUUUUGUGCACCAGCUGUUGUUUACAAAUAUACACAGACCGCCACCCCUUGUCUUACCGGAGUCAGCCGUUCUAUCCUGCCGAUGUAGCGUAUAGCCCGCUAGCUGUAUGUUAUCCAUGUCGUCGUUCAGCCACGACUCUGUGAAACAUAAGAUUUUACAGUUUUUAAUGUUCCGUUGGUAGGAUAACCGUAAUCUUAGGUCAUCCAAUUUAUUUUCCAAUGAUUGAAGAUUGGCUAAUAGGAUUGAUGGGAGCGGCAGUUUACUCGCUCGCCGUCGGAUCCUUACAAGGCACCCCGACCUACGUCCACGAUAUCUCCGUCUCUUCCUCAUGCGAAUGACGGGGAUUUGGGCCUUGUCGGGUGUCUGUAGGAUAUCCUUUGCGGCCACCUCGUUGAAGAAAAAUUAUUUGUCCAAUACGAGGUGAGUAAUCGCUGUCCUGAUAUCCAGAAGCUCUUUUUGGUUAUAAGAGACGAUGGCAGAAACAUUAUGUACAAAAUAAAUUACAAAUAACGCGGAAAAACACACAUAAUAGUACAAUUGGUUAGAGGGCUGUAAAACGGCAGCCAUCUUCUCCGGCGCCAUUCUUAAUGUACUGUCAACUGUGGGACCUUUAUAUAGACAGGUGUGUGCCUUUCCAAAUCAUGUCCAAUCAAUUGAAUUUACCACAGGCCAAUCAAGUUGGUUAACCCUAUCUUGGUUUUAAAAAAUUUGCUAACAUUUCUAAAAACCUGAUUAGGCUUUGUCAUUAUGGGGUAUUGUGUGUAGAUUGCUGAGGAUUUAAUUUAAUCAAUUUUAGAAUAGGCUGUAACGUAACAAAAAGUCAAGGGGUCUGAAUACUUUCCGAAAGCACUGUACAAUUCAACUCAUCAAGGUGUGUUAGUGAUGGGAUAGAAUAGCAUGCAAACCCUCUGGUUCCCCAGGACCAGUGUUGAAGAACACUAGGUUGUAUGAAUGGAUUCAAUCUGUUUUGACUAAUAUACUUUAAUUGUUGUUUUUCUGGUAUUGGUAGGACCAAUUUAAAAUAUAGAGAUGUUUUCAUUUCGUUCUAGGUUUUGCAAAUUUCUCUGAAAGUGCCACACAUUUUUUGGAGAACCAGGGGUUGGAGUCCCAGUAAGUAAGAGCUUCUUCUAUUGGUUUGCAUGGUGUCAUGAAUCUAAAUGACUCCUGGAUUGUAUGUGUUUUGACGCAUAUGAAUGUAAGGUACACUUUAGCCCAGUAUGACUGUGACUCUGUUCUUUUCACCAGGGGUCCCAUAUCUAAACUCACCUUUAAGCUGAUCCUGGCCCUGCUCUGCUCUCUGAUUGGUGCAUUUCUCACCUUCCCCGGCCUACGAUUGGCCCAAAUGCACCUGGACGCCCUCAACCUGACCACAGCUAAAGUCACACAGUGAGUUCCUCUCUUCCCUCCAGUUUUCCUUCCUCCUCAACCAGACCACAGUUCCACAGCUGUUGUUUACCCAUUCAUCUAUGAGUUGGCUGCUGUAGUUGUGUGAGUGUUAUGUCGUGUACUAGCCUGAUUAUUAGUGUGGAUGAUAGCAUGCCAUAAUCAUAUACUACUCAGGUCCAUCUUGUACAGAAGUGCCUCAGCACCACCACACGUCCCCUAGCAUCCAGAGUGCUGUAGAUAGGAGAUUAGUGUUUUCCUGGUCAGAUGAACCCUUUCCCAGCUGGAGCAGGGUUUUAUUUCAGCACACACCGGGUGGCAAGGUCAUAACAUGGGGAGGGGGCCGGCAGCACAUCGCACCCUGAUAGUCCACUUUGGUAUGGCAGUCUCUAGUUCAAUUCCCCUCACUCCUCUCUAAAUAACUGUCUUUAGCUAGAUUCACUUUGUCUCUCUCUGCCCACCCAAACGGACUCAAGGGGACUUCUAUCUAACCAUGGGUACAAAUGAGCUCUCCACUGAUGGCUAGAAAGUGGAUACAGGUCAUAAUAUGCAGACCUUACAGAUUGAAAUUACAUGAGAGUUGUCUAUCAACUGACUUGAUGGCCAAUCACAUUUGUUCCACUUGUGUCCUGACACUGAGUUUUCAGAUCAGUGCAGUUAACACGUAUUGGAGUGGAGAGACGUCCUAUGAGGACUCAUUCACUUUUCUCAGGCACUCCUGGAUAGGGCAAAGCUUUCGCUGACAAAAAUGUGACCCAUUUAUGUUAUUUCUCUCUUCCAGGACCUUGCUUCAUAUCAACUUCCUGGCCCCUCUUAUUAUGGUAUUGUUGUGGGUGAAGCCCAUAACCAAGGACUACAUCCUGAACCCUACCAUGGGGAAGGAGAGUGUGCCUUUGUAAGUUCACCUCUGUGUUGUUUCGUUUGGAAAGUUUCAUUUUCAAACAUGAAAUGACAGUGCUUUUAAACCACAGGAAUGGUGAUGACAUGCCACACCCAAAGUCAAAGAGCCAGGCCGUCCCAAAGUUUGACAUAUUUGUAAUAAGUUGCAUCAUGUAAAGCAGCUUCCCAUUUCCUCUCUUUCCACCUCUCCCUGUCACCCCACUUAUCUCUUCUUUCCUACCCUCAACUUCUCUGUCUUCCUCUCACACUUUCGACUUGGGUUGGCCAAUCAUUUCCCCUCACACUGACUCACACUUUCUCUCUCACACAGUGACUCUCUCUGUCUUUCCUCUCCCCAGCAGGAUGACUGAGGAGACGUACGAUACGUUGCGGUUAUGGACCAUUCUGCUGCUGUGUGUGCUUCGCUUGGCCAUGAUGAGGCACCACCUCCAGGCCUACCUCAGCCUGGCCCAGAAGGGCGUGGAACAGAUGAAGAAGGAGGCGGGACGCAUUAGCACCGUCGACCUGCAGAAGAUGGUGAGUGACGCCUUGUAGAUCUGGGCAAUAUGGAGAGAAAAAAUCUGAAUCGCAAUAAAUUGACCAAUUUUCUUCGAUAACGAUAAAUCAGCGAUAAAUUACGCUACAUUAUUGGGGGUGAAGUGUUAGAUCUGGGCAAUAUGGACAAAAAGUAAUAUGAUAAAUGUAACUAUUUGGCCCAAUAACAACAAAUACAGCAAAAAUAUUUUUUUUUUUAUGGACAGUUACUUUACAUUAGCCGCAGAGCUCUAAGUAUUAAGACAACUGAGAGUCAAAAAGUAAGCUAUUUCAUCUAACAUAUCCAGGAAAUGCAUGAGUUGAUAUUUCAAUGUGCAACCUGUUAGAAUGAUUAGAUUUAUUUUUGGCUCUUCAGAGAAUUUGCCGACAUCUUUGUGCAUAGGCUAUUACAGUUGACCAAAUAAUGGUUUUACAACAAUCUAUUACAGUCAAAAUACAGACGUAAGCAAAAUGCUUCGGUAACAGGGGAGGCAAUGUCGAUGUCUGUAAUUGUCAGUUUAUCGUCCCAUCGUCCCAGGCCAAUCAUUUGGCUUGACAGAUGGGCAGAGUAUGAGGAAAAACUCUGAAACCCCAUUGGUUUUCUGGAUCUAAAAGGGGCUUAGGUGGUGUGGUAAUGGGCGCAGUCGGCCCGUCUGUGCGGCUGAAUAUCUGUAAAAAAAAAUGGAGGCCCCAGUUUUUGCAUUUUUAAGCCAACUUCCUGCAAUUAUAUAUACUUUUUUUUUUGCACAUUUAAUAAAAAAUGAAAUACAGAAAUAUCGAAUUUACAUACGUAUUCACACCCCUAAGUCAAUACCUUGUAGAAGCACCUUUGGCAGAGCGUUCCACACCUGGAUUGUGCAUCAUUUGCCCAUUUAUUCUUUUCAAAAUUCUUCAAGCUCUGUCAAAUUGGUUGUUGAUCAUUGCUAGACAACCAUUUUCAGGUCUUGCCAUAGAUUUUCAAGUAGAUCAACUCAAACCUGUAACUCGGCCACUCAGGAACAUUCACUGCCUUCUUGGUAAGUAACUCCAGUGUAGAUUUGGCCUUGUGUUUUAGGAAACAAAACACUUAAAGGAGUUUGUCUUUACUCUUUUCUUCUGCUUUCUAGGUGGCCCGGGUUUUCUACUACCUAUGUGUAAUCGCACUGCAGUAUGUGGCACCCUUGGUGAUGUUGCUGCAUACAACCUUGCUGCUAAAAACCUUAGGUGAGUUUGGUACCAUCAUCAGAAAUUAUUGUCCGCACAGUAUAUUGAACGAUUUAGCAGCAGUCUUUAGCCCACCACACUGCUAAUGUACCCCCCUACUCUCUGUGUUAUAGGUGGACACUCCUGGGGGGUGUACCCUGAGGAAGACCUCCCCUGCCCACUGGAGAUUAACUCUGAUCAUGCCAUGGUGGCAGCACCAACUGCAGCUCCAGGGCCGGCGGUGGAGGCCCGGGCUUCAGUCGCCCACCUGUCGGUGGCCCUCGGGGGCCUGCGGACAGUGUUCACCCCCCUCCUUUUCCGCGGCCUCCUCUCCUUCUUCACCUGGUGGAUCGCUGCCUGCCUCUUCUCCACCUCAAUAUUCGGCCUCUUCUAUCACCAGUAUCUUAUGGCGGCAUAGCAGCAUUGCCCCAGGGUCAGGGUGGUGUCCCACAGGGCUCUGUUCCAGGCCCGUUCAGAAGUGACUGUGUGGGGCAGGGCCCUAAUGACAACUCCCCUCCCACUCCCACAGCCCCGUCACUCAUGAUCCUAUCAGCAGAGCUCCUCCCCCAGUGCUUCCUCCAUGGAUGA